CCCGGAAGUGCAAGAUGUAAACAGCUAUACACAUCGUCUGAGAAAUUAACAGCGAUUUCAAGAUUAUUUGUCAAGUUUGUCACUUAAAAAGCAGAGUAUUAAACUCGCACUUUAUUUAGGCUUAAUUAAAAGCCGAGUGGUUUGUUUUUAUGCUCUUACUCAUUUCAGACAGAGGAACUAAGUUAGUCCGAUGGUUUGACAGAAGCGCCGCCGGCGGAAGUGAGUUUGGGUCAGGAUCAGGCUGGUUAAUGUUCGGGCACCUGCACGCUUACAGUUACCGGGAAACUCACGGCAUGUCGCGCUCGCAUUUAUAAAGCAAGAGCGACAUUAGAUCGGAUCCACGAUGGCUGAGAAGGGAAACCGGAAGUUUUCUCCGCGAUACAGGAGACAGAAGGAAGCAGAUGAAGCUGAGAGCUGGCGGAGCCCGUUGGGACGGGACAGUGAGCGCAGUUACAGUCCUAAAACGAAGAAGCGGGCUCACGGUCGAACCUCUGAAAGUGAGGGGAGCAGAAGAGCCAAAGCCUCACUGUCGUGCAGCUCUCCUGAGGGACGAGUGUUCGGACCGAGUCCUUCUCACAAGGACCGAAUCCAGAGGGGUUCACCUGCUGACCGGAGGAACUGGAGAGAACGACAGCGAGAUGGACAGAAACACGACAAGCUCGGCAGCGUGCAGAGCUGGAGGGAGAAGAGCAGGAUUGUCCGGAUUGAAAGCUGCCUCACUAGACGGGACGUUUUACAGCUGUGCUUGGAAGCAGAAGGCAGUGACUGUGACCUUAAAGAGUCAAGCAUCAGCCUGAAGUUCAGAUGUGAUAAGUGUAAGGUGUACUGUGAUGACAUGUCACCAGCGCUCAGUCACAUCCGAGAAAGAGCCCACAGGAAGAAAGCCAAGGAGCUGCAGAAGCUGACGCUGCUGUUGAACAUCCCUCCUCCUGGAAAAGCCCAGUGUCAUUCGCUCAGCUCAGCUCUGGAAAGUGUGGUCGCUGAGUUCGGUUUAAACGAUCCGGAUAUGAAACGACGGCAAAACAUCCUCACUCUCGUUGAGAAAGUCCUUCAGCCUGUCCUUCCAGAUUGCAAGUUCAGGUUAUACGGAUCUUCCUGCACAAAGUUUGGCUUCAAAGACUCUGAUGUAAACAUUGAUGUGAAGUUUCCAUCCCAUUUUCCUUAUUUUAAACCAGUUGAUAAACUAUAG